CAUUUGUCGUCUGUGUGAAUAAAUCGAGAUUCGCUUCAUUGUCAUUCGUGCAUUUCUUGCUCCACUGCCGUUUUUAAUAAAGAUUUUGUGUAAAUUAACCGGGAAAACUUGACAUUUAACAAAACCAACCGAGAUUAUUAUUAAAAAUGGUGGACUACAGCAAAUGGAAGGACAUCGAGAUCUCGGAUGACGAAGAUGAAACGCAUCCAAAUAUUGAUACGCCGUCGUUAUUUCGCUGGCGACAUCAAGCUCGUGUGGAGCGUAUGGAGGAGAGAAAACGUGAGAAAGAGGAACACGAGCAACGCAAAGCCUUGAAUAUUAAAAAACUCGCUGAGACCAGAGAGAAAAUAGCGAAAACUGAACCUAACAGUCCCAAUUUGGACACCUUAAAGAAGUCACUUGCGGAAUUAGAGAAAGAAGACAGAGAGAUACAGAAGAUAGAAGAAGAAUUGAGAAAGAAAGAGAAGAAAACACCUUGGAAUGUGGACACAAUAAGUGAGCCUGGUUUCACUAAAACUAUCAUAAACACAAAAGCACUGCGGCCAAAGGAAGAAAAUUUAACUGAAGAGGAAAAGGAAGCUAAAAUGAGGAAGUUCAUAAAUGAUAACGAGAAGUUGCUGAAACAGUUUGGUAUUCUGCGUAAGUAUGACGACUCCAAGCAAUUCCUGCAACAGCACAGCCAACUUGUCUGUGAAGAGACUGCCAACUAUCUGGUCAUUUGGUGUAUUAACUUGGAAAUGGAAGAGAAACAUGACUUGAUGGCUCAUGUUGCCCACCAAACUAUCUGCAUGCAGUACAUCUUGGAGCUCUCUAAACAGUUGGAUGUGGAUCCGAGGGCCUGUGUGGGAUCUUUCUUCUCUAGAAUCCAAAUAGCAGAAAAGACGUACAAAGAUUCAUUUGAUGAUGAAUUGGAGCAGUUCAAAGCCAGAAUCAAGAAGAGAGCAGCGGAGAAGAUCCAAGAGGCCAUUCGUGAACAGGAAGAAGAAGAAAGGAAGGCGAGACUCGGUCCUGGGGGACUUGACCCUGUUGAAGUAUAUGAGGAGUUACCUGAUGAACUGAAAAAAUGUUUUGACUCCCAAGAUGUUCCACUGCUGCAAGCGACCAUCGCCAAAAUGCCUGAACAGGAAGCUAUUUACUACAUGAAGAGAUGUGUGGACUCCGGGCUCUGGGUUCCCGGUAAAAAUGAUGAUGAACCAACCAUUAAAGAGAACGCUUCCCCCAAUGCCAAGGAAAAGCCUUCAGCUAGCACCGACGAUUUAGACUGAUAAUAUUUUUUUUUUUUGUGAUUUUUCUAGAUUAAGAUUAUCUUUUUGCCUUUGAGAGAAACACAAGUGAACUUUCGUAUGCUUUUAAAUUACAACAACUUUACCUGUACUUGCUAACUUGGACUCUUUUAGAAAGGACAUGUCCCAAUUUUGUAUGGAGGCUGGGCCUUUAUUCCGAGUGUCGAGUAAGUAGAACAAAUUAUAUUUAUCUUAAAAGAACAUAAAAUUUAGGGCUUAAAACCUGAAAUACAAAAAUUUUAAGAACCCGCAUUUUUUUUAAAUUAAUUAAAUAAAAUGUAAUAUUUUUUUUUAAUUAAUUAAAUGAAAUUUUCAUUAGCUGAAAACAUUAAUUAAGAAUUUUUAUCAUGGCAACAUGCUCGUAACUCACACCCUGACAGAUUGUCAGUGAUCUUCGCGUAGUCGCGGUCGUUUAAGGCGUUUUUAAAGAAAUUUAAGGAAUUAUUUUGUUUCAUGCUUCUCUGUCUACGAUUUAAUGUUUUUUUUUAUCAUGUGUUAUUUGACAAUAUUGAAUGAGGUUGACAGCUUACACCGGAUAUAGGAAAAUAAUUUUAUUGACUAUUAAUACUUUUACCUACUGUAUUGUCUAUGUUUAAUUUGUAGACAAGGGAGAGAACCAAAAAAAUAAUUAUCUAAUUAGAUAAUUGUUUAAUUAAUGCGGGUUCCAAAAAUUCUGAAAAUAUUUUCUAAUCAGCAAUUUGUAUCUAAAAGUCCUUAUAUCACUAGUCACUAAUAACCUGAAAUUUCAAAAGUCCUUCUAAAUUAAGGUUACUUGAAAUAAAUGAAUUUAAUUUGUAACUCUGCUGAGUACACAAAGACCGAGUUAGCAAACAAACACUACACUUUUCUUUUAAAUAUUUUUUUCCCUUCUAAGUUUCAUGGUUAGGUAUGUUAAUCCGAAAAAUCUGAAGUCAUUUUUUUUUUUAAUAAUUAUCUAUUUAAUAUCUACCAGGUAUUCACACAUAGGGGGUUUUAAAAAUAUUCACUUGUGAAUUUCUCUUUAUAAUAACACCAAUCUUAUCUUCAACUUCUAAUAAGUCCAUGAAUAAGAUUCUAUUAACAAGUUUUAAGAUAUAAAUUACUUUAUAGUAGUCCUUAUAUGCUAGAUGUUAUGUUCUGUUUUAAAAGAUGUAUAAAGAUUGGGCUUCAUCAGUCACAAUUAUUUAUGUACACAAAUAAUGAAACCACAGAAAUGAGCAAUAAUAAACUUACGGCUAUAUUAUAAAAA